AUGGGUGGCUACCACAGCAUAGUCAAAUUGCUCCUCAGCAUUGUGACACAAAGCCAGUCGGACAAUUUACAACAAAAUAAGGCUUUAAUACUAGCUGCAGAGGCUGGCAGUCCCGUGGCAGUGCAGAUACUCUUGGAGGAAGGGGCCGACGUUGACUAUAAGGAUACUGAGGGAAGUACAGCAUUGCACUGGGCAGUUGCCGAGGGUCAUGUGGAAACAUCAAGAGUCCUUUUAAGCAACGGUGCAGAUCCAAGCUCAGAAGACAACUACAACAAUACUCCUAUGCACUGGACUGUCGCCAAUUGUUCUAUUUCUCGCUUGCUUGCAGACUAUGGAGCUGACGUGAACGCAAAGAAUAACGUGGGUCAAAGCACUCUUCUCUGGAGCGCUCUUGCUGGGAGGAUGGACGUGGUAGAGAUAUUGAUCGAACUGGGCGCCGAUGUCAACCAAGGUGACAAUAACGGCUUCACAGCAUUACAUGCAGCAGCCUUUACUGGGCAUGAGCCCAUGACGCAUCUGUUGUUGCGUACAGGGGCAGAUGCAAACAGCUUAGAUAUAGAUGGCUGGACAGCGUUGCAUGUAGCCGAGGUGAAACGGAGGGUGAAUGUGAUUGAAUUACUCACGAAUAUUACCAGCCAGGGUCAUGACAUCCAUACUCGGAUGGAGCAACGGCUGACGAGCCACAACAUGCACGCCUUGAUGAAAGAAAUGCUAGACAGGAAAGCGGUUGGAAGUUCUGUCGUCAAUGGUCUUCUUGCUGUCAUCAAUAGCGGCCAUGACCUGCGGCUGUUAGCAUUGCUUGAAAGCGGCGCGGAUAUCGACGCUGAAGAUCACGUUGGAGGUGCUACGGCGCUGACCCAUGCGGCUUGGUUUGGAAAAGAGAAGACAGUCCGUUUGCUCCUAGAUUGGGGGGCCAAUGUCGAUCUUCGUGACCGGAAUGGUCGUACUGCGCUUCAUUGGGCGGCUCAAAGUGGCUAUGCCGACAUGGUAGCAGACCUCGUCGAAAGAGGUCGUGCUACGAUUGAUGCGACGGUCUUUGGAUGGACGGCAAUGCUCCUGGCCUCAAGAACCUGGGAGCCUUUCAUUGUGUCCUACCUUAUUGGACAUGGAGCAAGUAUAGCAGCCAGCGACUUUCACGGACGCACUGCACUGCACUGGAGCUGCAUCCAUGGCGACAAAGCCCUCGUUAAAGAGCUCCUCGACUACGGCGCUGACAUAAAUGCUCGAGACUAUAGUGGGCAGACGGCGCUGCAUUGGGCGGUUGCUUGCAACUGGGCGCCUAUUGUCAAGAUGCUUUUGCGUCGCUAUGCUGAAACUGGAAUGCAGGCCGAUGAUGGGACUACCCCGUUGCAUGUAGGCGCUUACACGGGCCAGCUUGAUGUCGUAACAUUGCUAGUGAGGGAGCAAGAAAGGCGCCGACGGCGAGCCAAAGUCGAGAAAGCAAAAGUUGCCAGGAGCGAUUUUCUGUUGACGACAAGGGACAAAAGUGGAUUCACUGCCUUGGACAUUGCAUAUCUGGCGGGCAACCUACCGGUCGAAGAAUUUCUUAGAAACCAGCAGGCCGGUAUCCUUAGCUGCACUGAGGGUGACUAUUCUUCUAGCUACGAUAUCUUGGGCAGUAGUAGACAAACACAGCAGCAAGGUGCCUCACCAGGGUUGAGACCCUCGUUGCAACUGUAUAAAAAUGUUGAGGAUGAUUAUCUGGGCGAAGAUCGCAUCGUUGAUGGCCUUGGUAGGGCUCUUUUUAAUCAAGAGAUACGCCAAUGGCUUCUCCUUCAGAAAGCAAACCGUGCUUUGCCACUACACUUGGACCUACCACUAAGAUAA